AUGACUUUGUCAGUAGCCGACAAUCCUCUGACAGCACCCCUCCCACCCGUUUCAUCGACGUCUCCGGCUGAGAGGGCCGCUGCUCGCUUCAAGAUUGAGGGCAAUGCUGUUCUCACUGGCGGUGCUGGUACAUUGGCAUUGGCAUCUGCUCGAGCGCUUCUGGAGCAUGGCGCAACCGCUUUAACUUUGAUGGACUUGCAAUCGACGAUUGACAGCUCUUCGAAAGCGAUCUCCGACCUGAAACAGGACUUUCCGAAAACCCCCAUCCACGCAGUCCACGUUGACGUGACCUCAGAGACAGCCGUAGAAAAGGCAUUCCAGGAUGCUCGGGAUUUGAUGGGAAGCGUCGAUGUCUUGUGCUGUUUUGCGGGCAUUGUUGGCUGCGUCCACUCUAUAUCAGCAACCGCCAACCAAUUCCGCAAGGUCGUCGACGUCAACCUGACAGGGUCUUUCCUAUGUGCUCAAGCAGCUGCCAAACACAUGAUCGAUACCAAGAAAGGAGGCUCAAUACUCUUUACAGCAUCGAUCUCUGGCCAUUCAACCAACUACCCGCAGCCUCAAACAGCCUACAACAUAAGCAAAAGUGGUGUACGGACUCUGACUAAAAACCUUGCCGCUGAAUGGGCAGUGCAUGGUAUACGUGUUAAUUCAAUCUCUCCUGGCUACAUGGACACAGUGCUCAAUGCGGGCGACAGUCUGCGGCCGGUCAGAGAUAUCUGGGCCAGUCGAUGCCCUAUGGGCCGUAUGGGAGAUAUUGAGGAGAUUACUGGUCCAGUUGUCCUCCUCACUAGUAAACGAGCCGGCAGAUAUAUCACUGGUUCAGACUUGAUAGUCGAUGGUGGUGCCUUGUGCUUUUGA